AUGAAAAUAUUGCAACUAAACAUCAACCAUUGUGAAGCUGCGCACGAUCUACUCAUGCAGACUGUGCGAGAACUCAAGUUAGACUUAGUACUGAUAGCGGAGCCAUACAAACACCUGAGCACCCAACCCUGGGAGUGCGACAGCACAACCAAAGCUGUCAUCUGGUCUUGUGGCAAAUUUCCAUUCCAGAGUGUGGUCAAUAAUAAGGAAGCCGGCUUUGUAGCAGCAUGGGUGGAUGGUAUUCGCUUCUACAGUUGUUAUGCACCGCCUAGUCUCUCUAUCGAACAGUUUACAGAUUUCCUUGAUCGUAUAACCGGGGAUGCGAGGCAGCAUUUUCCCGUGGCAAUAGCUGGUGACUUCAAUGCCUGGGCAGUAGACUGGGGCAGCAAGUUCACUAAUGCACGGGGGAAGGCACUGCUCGAAGCAAUGGCCACACUAGACGUGGUCCUCAUUAAUACCGGCAAUACACCAACGUACACCAAGGGAGAGGCAAGCUCAAUUGUGGACCUCACAUUUGUCAGCAGCAGUAUAACUCGAAGAAGUAUUUCUUGGGAAGUAUUGGAUAUCUACACAGCCAGCGACCAUAGUGCACUACUAUGGGAAGUAUCAACUGGUCAGAAUACAAGAAGAGCGAAUAGACAAACUAACGCGAUUGGAUGGACCGUGAAAUCGUUUGACCCAUCUGCUUUGAUUGUGGCCUUGGAUGGAGGCCCCAUUAUCACAGGAAGCGCUGAAGAGAAGACCAAGGACCUAAUGAAGAGAGUUGCCCAGGCUUGCGACGCCAGCAUGCCCCGGAAACGUGGUGUAAAUCAAAGACCUCCGGUGCACUGGUGGAACGAUCACAUUAGCGCUCUUCGUUCAGACUGUCUCAAGAAAAGACGAAUAUCACAGCGUGGCUACCGACGGCCUAACUCUGAAGAGCUGGUGGCAGAGUAUAAAAAUGCACGUCGGCAACUGAAUAAGGCCAUCAAGGAUAGCAAGCGAAGAUGCUGGAAAGACCUCAUCAAUGAAGUGGAGAAGGAUCCUUGGGGAGACCAUACAAAGUGGUCAUGA